AUGGUCAACAGGUUCUAUGAGAUCACCAAAUCGGAAGUGAAGCAAAUCGAGGCCGAACUUCUGAACAUGGACCGCAAAAUGGAGAUCCUGGAACGGGACUUCCGGGUUCAUAUCAAGGUUCAUGAGCAGAAGGUGCAGAACCUGGAGUACGAGCACAAAGAAGCAAAACGUCAAGUGCAUGACACUGGUGAAAAUGACCUGCAAAAAGAGCGAGACAUGCACUCUGAGCAGCUUCUCCAGAUGAACAAGGAGAAGCUUGAUCUCAAGCGUGACAUCCGAGAAACGCAGCUCGAAAAUGAGGGGCAAGUGAAGAUGCUCAUUCAGGGCUUCGCCAAGCGCUUGCAGAAUCUCCGGGAUACCUUUGAGCAGAAUCACCAGCAGUUGCAGGCUCAAUACGAAGAGCAGGUGGAACAGCUGAAGAUCGAUCUCGAGCUCCGCCGGAAGGUGGAAAUCCACGAGAUCGAAGAGCGAAAAAACCAGCACAUCAAUGAGUUGCACUUCAACCACCAGGAGGCCUUUGAUGAGAUCAAGGCCUACUACAAUGAUAUUACCCACGACAACCUCCAGUUGAUCAAAUCCUUGAAGGAUGAGAUCAAUGAGAUGAAGGAGAAGGAGAAGACCAAUAAGAAGAAGAUGGAUCUUCUCCGACAGGAAAACAGGGACCUCACUCAGCCCUUAGAGGACAAGCUGGCAGAACAGAGGGACUUGGAAGAAGAGCUCAAGACGUACACGAAGGACAAAAUGGCGUUGAAGAAUCUAAAGGCGCACUACAAGAGGCUUGAGGAGCAGAUCUCUGAAGCCAAGCAGGAAUACCGCGCCUGCGAGGACAAAUACAGAAAGAUGGAGAAGGAGCGGGAUGACCUGUACAAGCGCUUCAAGAAAGCAGUGCAGGAGAUCCAGAGGAAGGCAGAGCUGGGCAAGAAUAUGGUCUUGGAAAAGAAGCUCGAGGAAUUGGCACAGCAAUUCGAAGAGAAGCAGGCGCAGCUCUCGGAAGUGCUCGGCAACGCCAAGCUGGAUCCCAGCAUUGUGGCCAACGUCACCAAGAAGUUGGAGCAGGUGCUGGGUGCCAAGAAUCGGCAAAUCAAGGAUCUGCAGUACCAGGUGCAUCAGGCUACCAAGCAAUACAACGACACCAUCCGCGUUUACGAAAGCAAGCUGCAAGGGCUGGGUGUCGAGCCAGAGGAGAUCGGCUUCGAGGUGAUGGGCGACUUCACCUUCUAUGCAUACAUGGAGCCCAGCUAUUCUGCGACCAUGAUGGCGUCCUAUGUCGAGGUGGACCCAUCCUCGACCCGUUUGGCUGAUGGUCAGGUGGUACCCACAGACGGUGGCCGUUUCCAGGAUGCCGGGCAGGUCUAUUUCAACCACGACACCGUCCUGGACCUGAACAGGUCCUACAGCUUUAAAUUGGCCGAUGUGUAUUGCGUGGCUCCGAUUUGGAACCAGAAAUGCCGUGAGCCAUGUGGUGCUGACUUCUGGGCCGUGGGGAAGAAUUGCUGCUCCGAGAAUGGCAACGUCUUUCAAUGUGGAGAUGCUGGGAGCAAGCGAGCAAAGAGCGGAUUAAGACUCAUGGAGAGCGCAGACCUUCCAUUCUACAGGUUGGCCGUGAUACAAGCAGUUGGCAAACAUAAGAUGGUCAGCCAGCACCCCAUCUUCUUUCACUGGUUGGAGGACCCGGUGGCGGAGCUACAUGGCUGGCAGAGGAAGGGCUUCAGGCUCUUUGCCAUUGCUAUGACAUCAGCGUUCACGCUGAGCGGUGCUGCGCUGGCUACGGCGCUGCAUGCUAUGCAUAUUGCCAUUUGA